CAUGUAUCUAAGAAUUCUAGAUCUAGAUUCAGAUCUAUCAAGAUAAGAAAGUAAAUUUAAUUAAAGUAGGCCUAUGAUUAAAAAGUAACAUGGAAUCAUGAUCCCACGACAGUUACACAAGCUUUUAAAGCCACCAUCCCCUGCUCUAGGCAGAGGUGCUUCGAGUGCAACAACUCUACAGUCAGGAGAAACAGUAAUGUCAUCUUGCGGUUCAGUGCAAGCUGAAAUAGGUGGUCAUAUUAUAAAUGCUGAGGAGGAAAUGUCUUUACCAGCAAGAAAUAUUUCUGUGGAAACUUCUCUGGAUGUCCAACAAAAUACAUUCCCCGCAGAAUCAGCUUUAACUUUUGAUCAGUCUGAACCGCAAUCAACUGAAACAAAAAAUCAAGAUAGCUGUUCAGAUUUUUCUAAAGACACCAUUAACUCUUCGUCAGUUAUCUUAGAUCCCAAUACUCCUUUACAGCAACAAACUAUAAAUCUUCACAACUUUUCAAAUAACAAUGCUGGAAUAGAAACACCUUAUGAGCCACAAAUAGAGAAUAAAUCCAAUAUUGACUGUCGGUCAGUUAUUAUAUCUGAUAGCUUAAACACAGACAAAGAAGAGGCAAUGAUUACUGACAGCUCAGAUUUGAAGUUGUCACCUGUUAGUGUGUCGAUUCAGCCAGUUGGUGAUAGAAUUCCUGAAGAAGGAAGUCUUCAAGUUGCUACAGAACCUAAGGUCAUGCUGGAGGAAAGUUGCAGUUAUGAAGCAGAAAAUGUCUGCCCAGAAAAAGAUUUUUUUGGGAAUAAUGAACUUGUUACAGUGAAUGAGCCAGCUGUAUAUUCAGGGAUUCCCCAGAUACAAACACAAGACCCUUCAGAGUCAUUACACUCUAGUUCAGAGUAUAUCAAGUGUGCACCUCAGUAUAUCACUUCAGAUAUGCAUUUGGACAGCAGUGAAAUCUAUACCUCUACAAAUGAUUUCAGAUACAACCUAUCUGUUGAUUCAGUACCAAUGUUUGUGGCCGGUGCUUUUAGUGAGUUCACAGACAGUUGUGAUGAAAACUUCUUAAGGGGCUGCAAGUGGUCGCCUGAUGGAAACCUUUUGGUGACCAAUAGCAAUGAUAACUGCCUUCGCAUUUUCCAGCCUCUGCCUGUGCAGUAUCUAGACAAUGGCAGCAGUGCUGAAUUGAAGAGACAGGUGUUGAUUAGAGAAAGUGGCCAGAUUUAUGACUUUGCCUGGCAUCCACAGAUGAGUCUGGGGAAUCAAGAUUUCUGCAAAAUUGCUUGUACCUGUAAUGGCAUCCCUAUACAGAUGUGGGACUCAACCACAGGGAAAAUUGUGGCCAACUAUAGGGCAUAUGACCAGUUUGAUGAGGUAACUGCUGCCUACAGUCUCUCCUUUUCCCUGGACGGCAGCAAGAUUUACGCUGGCUACAACAGAGCUAUAAGAAUCUUUGACACCGAGUACCCAGUUAGGUCGUGUAAGCUGGUGAAAACUUUCAAUACCCAGCGCAAAGAUGGCCAGACUGGAAUCAUCUCAUGUUUCGCACACAGCCCAGACAACAACGGCCUUUAUGUGGCUGGCUCCUACAGCAGGCAUAUUGGGAUGUACGACUCAACUUGCGACAAGCUGGUCUGUUUGAUGCAGGGGCAACAGGGAGGUGUCACUCACAUCAUGUUCUCACCUGAUGGCACCAAGCUCUACAGUGGGGGCAGAAAGGAUGCAGAGAUCCUGUGUUGGGACACCAGGAACAUGGGCAAAAUUUUGUUCUCAGCACUGAGGGAUGUCAAAACUAACCAGAGGAUCUACUUCGAUGUUUCACAAUCAGGGCGCUACCUAAUGUCAGGAAACCAUGAUGGUACUGUGGCAUUCUGGGACACCUUGAGCUCUUUUGAGGAAAUCAAUGGAGAUGUGUUUCUGAAGCCGUGCUCACAGUUUCUUGCUCAUGGUGAUUGUGUGAAUGGUGUCAGCUUUAACCAACAUCAGGAUUUGAUAGCUACAGCAUCAGGCCAGAGACACUUUCAAGUCUUUGAUGUCUCAGAUAGUGAUGACUCAGACCAGGAGAUGGCUGAGCCGUGGGACUUCUCGCUCAAGAUUUGGAGAAUCCCUGUGUUGCCAGGCGAUGUGAAUGGAGACACCUCACACAGAUAUUGCUUUGUUUCCUUGUUUCGCAUUGAUAUGUCUGAGGCGAGAGGUGAAAAAAAAGACUUGUAGGUAUUGCUGUUAGAUCUUAGGAUUAAUUUCUAUAUCUGUUUUAAAAUGUUUAUUUCUGCUUCGUUGCACUGAUUUAUAAAUUUUCUCAUUGCAUUUAAAAAGUGGUGUUUCACACAUUUUGUUUGUUUCGAACACAUGUCAUAGUGUUAAAAUAGUUCACUAAACACAUUGGUACAAAUCUAAACUGCAUUAAAUAUACACUUCUAGUCACUGCUUCUUCCUUUAUGAGAAGCAAACAUUUUUUAGAAAGUCCAUGACACAAAGAAAUGUUCGAUUUUAAAAAAAAAAACAUUUAGACUAGAAUUUUUUUUAAAGUUACUCUUAUUACCUCCCUUGAUUUGUGUUUAUAAAAUUUGAGUUGUCAUUUUUGAAAUUCAAACAUUAAAAUUUAAUUUGUGCUAAAAUUAGAUUGUAAAAUAUGAACUUAAUGUUACAAAUUUAUAAAUAUCUGCAUUACUUUUAACUUACUCUUAAAUUAAUUAUUUAGCUAAACAAUCAUUCUAAUAUGUUUAUCAAACAUUAAUUAUAAAAAAUAAAUUGU